AUGGUUCCCAAAGAGCGUGAUGAGCUUGUUGCGAGGAGUGUAACAGGCUGCGAAGUAACAGAGACUAAACUGGUUAACAAGGAGCUGUAUUACCGUAACAACGGCCUCCCCCAGAAGAAAGCCAUGACUUACACCAAGUUUUCUGACGACUUCCACUUUAACGUCAGCUACGGCAACCUGGAUUACCUAUCUGAGAAACAGACCAAUGAGUUUGGUUCUCUACCACUGAUGAUGGUUAACGUUAAAGGAGUUAAAGAUGUGUUCAACCAGCAUCACGACAAAACCGCUAAAGGAAUCAAGGCUCACAUCUUGGUGGACGAGUCAGGCCUAAUCUCGGUUGACUCAGUAGAAGCACUGUUCGAGACCAUUGUGGCUAACAAAACGGAGCCUGGGUGGAUGGAUAGCGUCUCUAAUUUCUUCGGUGGAAACAGUGACGAGGAAGGUGAAAAGAAGGAAAGUGAGGCUGGAGAAGAAAAGAAAGAAGAUGAGAAGAAAGACGAUGGGGACAAGAAACCCGAGGAAGAGAAGAAACCCGAGGAAGAGAAGAAAACCGAAGAAAAUAAAGAGGAGGUCAAAAAAGAUGCUAAGAAUGAAACUGAAGCUGUUCCGGAGAAGCCUGUUACUAUUAAAGAAAUCCUUAAACUGGAUUCUAUUCAUUUCGGAAUCCCCAUUUUGGCUGACACAAAACCUAGCAAAGAAAAACUAGCAGCCUUGAAGAAGAUAGAUGAUGAUAAACGUGCCACCGAAAUGGCGAGGAACAGCCUGGAAUCUUUCGUUAUCAACAUGAAGGAUUUGUUAGAGGAUGACGAUGUGUACAUAGCAGCCAGCACACCUAAAGAAAUGGAGAAGAUGAAGGAGGCACUGAGUAAGGAGACAGACUGGCUGGAAGAGGACAGUUGGGGUGAAACUUUCGUGGUGUUUAACGCAAGGUUGGCUACGUUAGAAGAUUACUGUGACCCCGUCAUUAACAGAGUUAAAGAGAUGAAAGCACGUCCUGCCGCCAUCGCUGAUUUGAAGCAAGCGUUCAACCUGACAGAACAGUUCCUGGUAAAGAUAGCGAACACUUCGGAAGAGUUCCGCUACCACACUACCGUCGAGAUGGAGAACUUGGAGAAACUGCUCACCUCUACCAAGGAGUGGCUUGAGACAACUGGAAAAGCACAGGAUGCUUUAUCCAAGAACGUAGAUCCGGUCCUUAAGUCGGAGGUAAUCAAGACAAAGAAGACAGCACUUGAACGGGACUUGUCCUAUCUUGUUAGGAAACCAAUCCCUCAGUGGUACAAAGAUAAACUGGCUAAGAUGAUGGAGGCGCUGAAGAACAGUACCAAGACUGCAGAGGAAGCAAAGAAGAGUACGACUACCGAAGAGGGGAAGAAGGAGGAGAAGACAGAAGAAGGGAAAGCAGAAGAGACAAAACUGGAAGACAAGGAAGAAGCAAAAUCUGAUGAUAAAGCAGACACAAAAUCUGAGGAGAAACCGGUUGAAACCCCGAAAGAAGAAUCCACUGAAGAGAAGACCUCCACUAUUGAGGAUAAGCCCAAAGAAGAAGUUGUUGAAGAGAAGCCUAAAGAAGAAGUUGUAGAAGAAAAGGACGAUAAGGAAAAUAAAGAAGAAUUGUAAUAUAGGACGAUUCUUUAGAAAUUUUAAUUAUUCGGCUUUAAUUGGAAUUUAAAGUUUAUUUAAAUUUGAUGCUGGUUCAUUUACCUAAACUUUGUUUUAUGAAGUUUGCAAGCUGAUAGGUUUUAAAGUUACAAUUUUCCCCGUGGUUCACCUGGCUGAUUCUAACUUUUUCCUAAUAUAUUAUGCAGAAAUUGCCGAAUGUCAGAUGUUUUAUUAGGACAGGAUUCUGUCAAAUUUAGUUCCUUAAUUAAGUCUGGCUCCAAUUUUAUGGGAAGCAUUUUCAGAGUGGCAAUUGGAUUUGAGGUCAUAUUCUAAAACUAGAAAUAUUUGGAUUAUAUUACUAGAAAUGUUUAUUAUAUUGUUCACAUGCUGGAUACAACUGCGUCAGGCAGCCUUUUUGCCCUGUGAUACUCACAUAAUUAUUAUUGUUUGACUUUCAAAGCAUAAUUGAAUAAUUGUUGGGUGCAUUCCAUCGGCGAAUGUAUCCCUACAUUACAGACUAACAUGUCCCAUCCGAAACCCCCAUCUUUACCCUUCAAGCUGUACUCAUGAAUGAUAUUUUGUCUCCAAAAGACCUCCGGCCCCCGUACGUUAUACACUGCCACAUGCUCUCCACAUAACCGAGCAAUUAAAAAGAUAUAAUGAGGACCGUUGGAUCUUUGCAAAUUGAUCUGAGUGAGAUUCUUGGAUAGGUUUUUAUGACGUGGAUGACUGUUUUGAGAAUUGGAUUACCAGAUAUUUCGGAGUUAGUGUGUUAUUUAUUUGUAUAUUGUUUUAAUUGACAUAGUUAUAA